AACCCCCUAUAUCUAUUUCUAUCUACAUCUCUAGGGUUUUGUUAUCCUUUCCGUUUUCCUUGACUCUCACAGCAAUCCACUUACACACACUACACACACACACAAAGGUUGGAAAUGGCGGCUGCACAGAUAACAACAUCAACAUGUUUUCUUCCAUCUUUCGAUGGUUUAAGGUUGUCUUCAACAUCAACCUUAAAAGUUUCAUCAGUUGCUGUGGUUUCUUCGCCUUGUAGAAGAAAUUUGACCCUUAAGUCAACCCGUGGUUUGGUGGUCAAAGCUGCUACUACUGUUGCUCCUAAGUACACUUCAUUGAAACCAUUGGGUGAUAGAGUGUUGAUUAAAAUCAAGGCUGCAGAAGAAAAGUCUGCUGGCGGUAUACUACUACCGUCAACAGCACAGACAAAACCACAAGGGGGUGAGGUUGUUGCUGUUGGAGAGGGUAGGACAAUUGGAGACAAGAAGGUGGAUAUUGAUGUGAAGACUGGCUCUCCAGUUGUAUACUCCAAGUAUGCGGGAACAGAGGUUGAGUUUAAUGGGUCAAACCAUCUUCUUUUGAAGGAAGAUGACAUUGUUGGUGUUCUUGAAACAGAGGAUAUUAAGGAUUUGAAGCCUCUUAAUGAUAGAGUUCUUAUCAAGGUGGAGGAAGCGGAGCAAACAACAGCUGGUGGUUUACUGCUUACACAGGCUAGCAAAGAGAAACCCUCCAUUGGCACGGUGAUUGCUGUAGGACCUGGUCCUCUGAAUGAGGAAGGAGUUAGAACAGGAUUGCCAUUGUCUCCAGGAAACACAGUUCUUUACUCCAAAUAUGCAGGGAACGACUUCAAAGGGCCUGAUGGUUCAGAGUACAUUGCUCUUCGUGCUUCUGAUGUAAUGGCUGUUCUUUCAUAAUUAUUUGGCUUACAGUAAAAGUCCAUGCCUUUGUUUACUGCAAAAUUUGAGAAAGGAUAACGUAGAAUUGCGGUGUUGUAAUCACGUCUUUAAAGACGACAUUUUUUCAAACUUCUUUCUAUAAAAGGCUAUGUUUUAUGCAA